CCUGCUCCUCCUCCUCCGCGUGCUCCUCCUUCUCCUCGCGGGGCCCUGGGCUGCCGCUCCCGCAGCCGGCUCCUCCUCUCCCGCCCUCCCCCUGCCUCGCGCUGUCUCCCCGCUAACUUUCCGAGCGGCGGCGCAGAGCUCUUGCGGCCGGCUUUGGGGGCCCCACUGCAGACCGCGGGCACCCCGCGCGCCCCGUGCCCCGUAUCCCAGCCCCGCGCCCCAGGCGCGUUCCGGAGAGACCUGAACGAUGUCCGGGGCUUGGGACCGAGGCCAAGCCGGGGCCAGAUGGCUGGGCACUGGGCUUUUGGGUCUCCUCCUGCUCCCCGUGUCCCUGUCGCUUGAGGUGUCCGUGGGGAAGGCGGCCACCAUCUACGCCGUCAAUGGCACCGAGGUCCUGCUGCCCUGCACCUUCUCCAGCUGCUUCGGCUUCGAGAACCUGCGCUUCUGGUGGUCCUACAACAGCAGCGACACCUACAGGAUCCUCCUCGACGGCACGGUGAAGAACGAGAAGUCUGACCCCAGGGUGAGGCUGAAGAAUGACGACCGCAUCACGCUGGAGGGGUCGACCAAGGAGAAGGUGAACAACAUCUCCAUUCUGCUGCGAGACCUGGAGUUCACCGACACAGGGAAGUACACCUGCCACGCCAAGAACCCCAAGGAGAACUUCCUGGAGCACCAGGCCACCAUCUUCCUCCAGGUCGUCGAUAAACUGGAAGAAGUGGACAACACGUUGACACUCAUCAUUCUGGCCGCCGUGGGGGGCUUCAUCGGGCUCAUGGUCUUCAUCCUGCUGGUCAAGAAGCUGAUCACCUUCAUCAUUAAGAAGACUCAGGAGAAGAAGAAGGAGUGUCUGGUGAGCUCCUCAGGCAACGACAACACGGAGAACGGCCUGCCUGGCUCCAAGGCGGAAGAGAAGCCCCCCACCAAAGUGUGAGCCCCUGAGGGGGGCCGAGCAGCCUCUGGGGGGCCCCGCUGCCCGACGCUGAGACCAAUGCUUGAGCCGUGUCGUGCCCGAGACCCCACGCGCCUGAGACACCCGCUGCUCGGCUCCAACGUAGAACUUCCGGGCAGGUGGACGCGGGGUCCUGCCCGGCCUCCCGCACCCCUCUCCCAGCCAGGGCUCCCCGGGGACAAGGGCUGGCCAGGGGGAGGGGCCGCGGGGGGGCUCAGGAAGAGAAAGGAGGGGCUGGUCCCCCAACGCUUGAGUCGUGGGGUCUUCCUGAGUCUCCCCGACCCUCAAGGGGCAAAGCCUAGGUGUUCCCGCAGAUGGCUCUGAAAGAGAGGCUGGGGGUUCAGUGAGGGCCCCCGAGAGCUGGGUGGCAUUUGGAGAGGGAACAUGUCGGGUGUGAAGACUCGAGGAGUCGGAUGGGGGUGGUGACUUCUGGGGGAUCCCACUGCAGGCAGCCUCCAUAGGGACCCCCACAUCCCUCUGCUGAGAAACUUCUGUUCCCUCAGACUUGGCCCCCCGCUUUGGACCUAUACCCUCUGCCCCUCCCAUCCUCAGCUAGUCUUGGGGGAGCCCCAGCCCCCCUGAUUUCUGGGUUCCUGAGGUGCUCAUGAGGGACCCUCAGCCUUCCAGGGGCCCUAUUCUGGCGCUUCUCCCCCAGGCUCCAUAUAAAUAAAUUUAUUUAUCCAUGCCGGGUCUCUGGGCCCCAGGAAGGGUCGCCCAGGCCCCUCCUCCUGCACCUCCUUUCCCUGUCCAAGUGUCCCCACCUCUUGUUUCUGCCCAGGUGGUCUCCUCCCCCGCCCGGCAGUCCAGGACUGUCCUUCGGCCCAGGGAGAAGCCCUGUGUUUGGGGGCCGCUUUCUGCCCAGGGCUGGGGAGGAAGGGGCAGAGGGGGCGCCCUCGUUCUCCUUUGCUUUUCCAAGGCUGGUUUGCACACCCUGUGUGGGUGUGGGGGCUGGUCUGUGCCUUUGCCCCGACUCCACCCCCCAGAGCAGAGCAGGGAUGCGGAGAGCGGCCGCCGUGGCCAGGACUGAAGCCCCAGGGAGACGUACCCAGCGCCUCCCCGUCUGCUCUGGGCCCCAGGGAGGACCGGAAGGAGGAGCCUCGUCUUCCAGAGGCUGGGGGAGCCCGACCUCCCCUGUCCUGGCGGAUGGCACACUCCCUACCCCGUCCCUCCUGACCUGCACCCUGAGGAAGGCCCAGAUCUUCCCAGCAGGGGAGCAGACGGACCGUAGCUGCUGCCCCCCGGGGGGCCUUCCAGGAACCAUGUUUGGGCACACACUGGCCAGGGGUCCUCCAUGACCCCAAGGCCCCAGCAGGCCGCAGAGCAGGAUCCCUUGCUCCUGGACUUCCAGACACUCAGGCCCUGCCCCUUCUCUGAGCUCAGCUUUUCCAUCUGUGAAAUGGGCUUGAUACUUAGCUACCUCACAGACAGUCGUGAGGUGUGGUGCGUUUUCGAAGAAGGAUCUAGGGAGCCAGGUUUCGUGGGGGUUGGGGGAGGGGGUUCAUCAGUCCUGUCCUCUCACCUCUGUGUCCUCUCUCUCUCUCUCUCUCUCUCUC